AUGCCGCACAGCCACCCCACGGAUACUCCCGCGUCUCUAAAAAUUUUGCAGCUCUUUCUCCGCGCUGUAGCUGCACCUCUUCAUCACCAACGCCCAUGUCCUCAGGCGAGUGGAGAAUGGCGUGUACACAGACCCACCGCUAAUACGCCACUCACAGCUAACAAUAUCCCACUGGGUAACAGACGCAAGUAUGGAAACGGCGUUGAGGAAGAAGCACCCCGCGGAAGACCAACAGAAAGACCAGAGAAGAGGAUGAGAGAAAUGCCUCCACCGCCACCUCCCAGCGAUCACCCACGCAAGCGUAAAUCGAGAUGGGGCGAUGCUGCAGACUCGGGUGCUGUCCUCCCCACCGCCAUCUACAACGCCAACGCGGCACCAAAGGCUAUUGAAUGUUACGCUGCUCAAAUGCGUAUUGAGGAGAUUAAUCAGAAAAUACUUAAAGGCAGGUUUGUCCCUUCAGAAGCUGAACGCAGCCCUUCUCCACCCCCAAGCUACGAUAGCUGGGGUAAACGCACUAAUACCCGCGAACAACGCUACAAACUUAAGCUUGAGAGAGAGCGCAUUAAACUUAUCGAUAAGGUGAUGAAGAUGGAUCCCAGCUACAGACCUCCUUCCGAUUAUAACCAGGCUAGGCGGUCAACGCGCCCCACUGAAAAAGUCUACAUCCCCACACAUGACUUCCCAGAAGUUAACUUUUUUGGUUUACUUGUUGGACCGCGUGGCAACUCACUCAAGAACAUGGAGAGACAGUCUGGCGCUAAGAUAUCUAUCAGAGGUAAAGGUUCCGUCAAGGAGGGUAAGGGUAGGCCAGAUAGUAUGGAUUCAUCGGGCGAAGAGGAUCUUCAUUGCGUUGUUAGCGCAGACUCGGAGGAGAAAGUGAGGAGGUGUGUAAAGCUUAUCAACAAGGUCAUAGAGACUGCAGCUUCAACACCAGAGGGUGAGAACGAUCAUAAGCGCAGCCAACUCAGAGAGCUCGCCUCUUUGAACGGCACUCUCAGAGACGACGAAGGCCAAAUCUGUCAGAGCUGCGGUGCCGCCGGCCACAGAAGAUGGGAGUGUCCAGAGGGUGAAAGCAUUACUACGCAGAUUAAAUGUGCGCUGUGUGGUCAGUCUGGUCACUUGUCCAGAGACUGUACCGUCAAUCCAGCCCAAGCGGAGCAGAUCAAGGGCGCUUCCAAUGCACCUGGUUUCGAUAGUGAGUACGCAAACCUCAUGGCUGAGCUUGGCGAAGGCGGCGGUACCAGUAAGGGUAUGAUUGAGGGUGGUAGUGGGCAGACUGCUGCCCAACCAACACAUACAUCCUAUGUUGAGAAAUGGCAGUCAGAAGGCAAGAACCUGCCACCAUGGCGUAAUCCAGACAUAUGGGCUAGUGCAAAUGCUCAAACAGGGGGUGGAUAUGGAGGAGGUGUAUCUUACGAUCAGAGUGGAUAUCAAGGAUACUCAUACGACCAGCCCUCUUAUGGCGGCUACCAGCAAUAUGGCUAUACUAAUUGA